AUGGAUUCUUUUAUUGAAAAAUUCGUGAGUUACGUCCAGAAAAGUGGCAUAGACAGAGAAAAGUUACUAAAGUCUAGUUUGGAUGAACAGGGUUGGUUUGGCCAAGCUUGCAAGAGCCUAAAGCAGAAAAAUAACUUCAGUAAUCGAAAGCGGAAUAGAUGCUUUUUAGGUUUAACUGAAAAUGGUCCCCAAGGCAACGAUGAAUGUUUGCAGAACCUACAGAGCAUAGUAACAUGUAACAACAAUGCCUUAGCCAAGUGGUUGCAUGAUAACCAAACAAUCGUCCGGAGCAACAGAGAUGAUAUCUUAAAGAUACUGCAAGGGGUACAUGAACUUGAAGAAGAAGGAGAAGAGGUUAGUUGCAGGACGUACGCCAACUGCACCGUGCAUCUUUUAAGUAGUGCAGUUGAAGAAGAGGUGUACCAAGGCCUCCGCGAAAAAGAUGCAACAUCAACUGAGCGUAUCUGCUUCGCGGUAGAAAAUGCCAUUUCGCCCUGCAUUGCUAUCACAAAUAGUAAACGCGAGAAUCGUUCGCGUUACAUUAUUUAUCUCAAAUGUAAAUUUGAGAUGUGCAGAUUAUUUAAGAUACGUCAUAAAAAAGGUAAACGCCUGGCCAAUUUUUAUGAAGUGGUUACAGACCACUCAAUGGCAAUGAUAAAUGCCGUUUUAACUGGUUGGAUUGGAGUUGAUUUGAGAGGUCGUUUUGCGGAGUUGUUAAAAAACCAUGUUGAUGCGCGUACGAAAGAAAUUCUACUGCAAAUACCCGCUUCUCGUAAAAGAAAAAUAAAAACAGUGGUAAAAGAAUGUGAGGAAAAUUAUUGGGGAAAACGUAAACCUUUCAAAAGUUAUUUCAACAGCAUAAUCCGCUUGCCUAACCAGCGCUUCUCAAUGAAUUUUGAAAACAGAUGGGUCUUGAGAUCCGCUCUGAACUUCGCAAGUGAUGGAGAAUUAGUCAGAGAAGUAGAGAGUUCCAGAGAAAAUGCCAGUGCAAGAGAACAAGAUAUGAAGAUAUAUGAGAAAAGAAAGGGGCACGAGCAACUAGACGAGCAGCAUAGUUCAAAGCUUUACUUAAAGGAUAGAGUAUAG